AUGGCGAGAAUUAGGUCCCCGUUAAAGCUCACAACAUAUGCGCAAAAUGGUGGUGGUGGUGGCAACGACUCGGCCAAGGAGUCUUCUAAUGACAGAAACAAACCGGUUGGUAACGAUGAUGGUGAUGGUCCUAAGAAAGAUCGUUUCCCUGGAUUCAGUUUCAGGUGGAGCGAGCUGUUGAAUCCGGAUGCAGAUAACUUUGCGGCGGUUGGAUUAGCUGGAGUAUUGACAUGGGCUAGCCUUCAAGUCUUAUCCCAGCUUUUCUUCAUCUCUUUUGCUAUCCUUGUCGCUGCUCUCAAGUAUUCUUUCAUCGCUGCGCUUCUCAUUUUCAUCCUCGUCACUCUCCUGUAA